CCACUUGACAAGUGGAAAACGAAAUAGCAAAACGUGGUUGUUUGUGUCUGCUAGUGUGCGUGCUAGUCCAAUGCAAAUUUACCGGAUAGCCCACGAAAUAUAAUUUUGUACUAGUUUGUGUAGCCGCGGAUCAGUGAUUUUCCGAAUACCAAUACCAUUGGCCGUGAUCAUAAACUUAGAAGGUUUUCUUGCGAAAAGUUGCUCGGCUCGAUUAGUACAGUCAUUCAGCAAGUAAAAAAAAGUCAAAAGUCCUACGAAUUGUUCCUCGGUUGUUUUCAAUCCUGACUCACGAUUUGUUUCUUCGAGAGAAAACGUAGCAGUAAAACUGAAUCAUGUUCUCCGCGGGAAGGUACGUUUGUGCGCCCCCAUCCAGUCCGGAAAGCGAUUCAGCAGAAUCCCAUAACGAAGCAGCAUCAGUUGGAAGGUUUGUUCGUGCCCCUUGCGUCGAGGAUCCAGAUGCCGAGCUAGAUGUGGAUGAUGGGUACGCUGCUCUUCCAACUCCAGGGCAAGAUUACCAAAAAGAUCUGGAAGCAAAGGUAUUAGAGCUCAAGAAUGCAAUCGAAAAGAUAAAAGGUACCCUUGAUGCCACCCGUGCUGCGCGCGUGGAGAGUUCAGCGGAAGAGGUCAGUUCACCGUGCAUCCCGUUCUUGGCCCCAUCUGUUGCAUCAACGGAAGCGCCAUCCGUCCCGUCGACUGAUCCGAAGCCCGUUCCGCCAUCAAAUCCGCCCUUCAGUGGAAGUUCCAUCCGGUGGGACAACAUCAAGCCUUUCCCGAAGAAUGUGGCGGCAACCAAAAUGUGGGAAGCGUGGACUCGUUUUCUGGAAGAUUUCGAGACGGCGGCUUCUCUUUCGAACCUCUGGGAUCCAAAGCGACGUGUUGAACUUCUUCUCUUGUCCAUGGGCGACGAACUGAAAAGUAUUGUACGAGCGGCGAAACUGCGUCCGAGUGAGGAAGAAGGUGUGAACAACUAUAACAAGUUCGUUGAGAACAUCGACCAGUAUCUCAAAGCCAUGACGGAUCCCGCAGCCGAGCACGAAGACUUUUCAAAGAUGUUCCAGGAGGAGGGUGAACCGGCAGUUAAAUUCUAUGCGCGUCUCACGGAAAAGGUGAUCUUGUGUGGCUACAGUCCAGCGGAUCUGGAUCGCUUCGUUCGAAAUCAACUUUUGAGAGGCCUUCGAAGUCAUGAGCUGAAGAAGGCAGCACGCACGUACGGUCACGACGCCAACACGAUAGUCCAUGCAGCCACAAGAGCUGAGGCAUUUCAAGAGGAAAUGGCAGCUGCAGGGGGUGAAUCGAGCGUCCUUGCCGUUAGUGGCGGUAAGUUCCAGAGAACGGAAGGCCAGGUCAAGCGAAAGCAAGUGUUCCAUCAGUCGGCAAGGGAUUCAGCGAAGAGGUUCAAAUCCGAUUUUGUGCCCAAUUUCCAGCAGCGGUCCAGAGUAAGCCGCCGUAAUAGAUGUUCCAGGUGUUUCAGGCAGUCUCAUGGGAGUCAAGAAUGCCCAGCAUUGCGGAGGAAUUGCAAUGCUUGUGGCCAGCGGGGCCACUUUGCAGCGGCAUGCCGAGAGGAUCGCUUGAGCAUGGUCAAGGACGAGGGCUUCGAAACUGCUGUGAACGAUAGCCGUACGGAACAGCAUGUAAAUGCUCUAUCCCUCCAAGAUGUGCUGGUGAACUGUCGUAUUGGUUCGUCGAGCCCGAUCAAAUUUAUGAUUGAUUCUGGGGCAGACGUAAAUGUGAUUGGAACAGCUUCAUUUGACUAG